AUGAGUAUGGUGGGGGAACUUACAUUUUUAUUGGGUCUUCAAGUUAAACAAAGGAAGGAUGGUAUAUUCAUCUCUCAAGAAAAAUAUGCUAGAAAUCUUGUCAAGAAGUUUGGACUAGAUUCCAAAAAGCAUGCCUCCACUCCCAUGAGUUCAUCUACCAAGCUUAGUCUUGAUUCUUCCAGGAUAGAAGUAAGUCCAACUUUAUAUAGGAGCAUCAUAGGAAGUCUCCUACAUCUCACUGCAAGCAGGCCGGACAUUGCGUUUAGUGUGGGAGUAUGUGCUCAUUAUCAAGCAGCUCCAAAGGAGUCUCACUUGACAGCUAUGAAGAGAAUCAUACGUUAUACUAAUGGCACUCUCGAGUAUGGUCUAUGGUACUCAAAAGACUCUAAUGAUUGUCUAGCCGGUUACUCGGAUGCAAAUUGGCGAAGAAGUGUUAAUGACCGAAAAAGCACUUCAGGCGAAUGUUUCUAUCUUGGAAACAAUCUUGUAUCAUGGAUGAGUAAGAAGUAG